AUCAGUAGUACUUAAUAUAUAGACCUUCCACUUCAGUAUUCCCGCUAAAAGGAUAAAGUAGAAGUUUUAUAUGCAAGUUUUCAACCUAACAUCAACUUGCACUUCGUUAACUCGUUCGCAGAGACAGCGAACAUUGCAUUUAGCCGGCCAGCUAACAAGCAUAUACCCCAGAUUCGCGGGUAGCCAAGAUAAAGACCCACAUCCUCCCCUCUUCACGACGUAGGGUUGAUCCCUACCGCUAUCCAAUAAGACCACUUACUGAUAGUUUUAUCCGGAAAUUCUCAUUCUCCAUGCCACGCCACAUAACGAUCAUCAGUCGGGGUCUCGACCAUCGGAUAAGGCUUCAUACAGGAUGGCGCUUCCAACGGUCUGAAUCAAACCCGGAUGGUCUGAUAUACGACCUUCGCCCCGAUGCCAAUGGCACGGAGCUCCAGGUAUUGAGACCGUGGAUCCUGCCCGAUGCAAACCAAUAUAUCAGGGACACGGACAAACACCACGCGCGGCCGCCCGGCAAUCCGGGGGCUAAUGUUUCUUUCGUAUGGAACGACUUCGAUGAUUCGUCCUGGCAGAGUAUCACCGUGCCGCAUGACUGGGCUAUUGCAGGCCCGUUCCAGAAUGAUAGCUUUUUGUCCUCUAUGGGAUCUUUGCCAGUUUAUGGCGUGGGCUGGUACCGGAAUACAGUAACGAUUCCAGCUGAGUACAAGGAUGGGAACUUGUUGCUUGAGGUUGAUGGAGCGAUGUCGUAUCCUAUGGUCUGGUUGAAUGGGAACUUCGUUGGAGGCUGGGCGUAUGGGUAUAACUCUUUUCAGCUGGAUCUCACCCCCUUUGUGAGAUUCGGACAAGAGAAUCUGCUGGCCAUUCGCACGGAGGGUCCCUGGGAUACGUUCUCUCGUUGGUAUCCAGGAGCUGGGUUGUAUCGCAACGUAUGGAUCGCAAGUGUCUCUCCCGUUCAUGUUGUGCAGUACGGAACACAUGUAAUAUCGAGAGAUGUGACUGAGGAGUCAGCAACAGUCGAUCUCAGCGUUCAGAUUGAGAAUAGCGGAAAGGACGAGAUUCAGCGUGUUGAAGUCGUGACAACCACAUUCGAAGUGGAAUCAAGAUCUGGCCUCUCUGGCAACAAAAUAGCUAACCGACAGUCCACAUUCCUGGACAUCCCUCCAAAUGAAAGAGUUGCAACCAAUAUCUCGUUCAAAAUUGAUCGUCCACGGCUCUGGGGUCCAGUACCAUCCCAGACGCCCUCUCUCUACAAGGCUGUGACCCAGCUAUACCGAGAGAGCAUGCUCAUAGACACAUACAACACCACUUUCGGCAUCAGAUCCGUUGAAAUGAGCUCUACGAACGGCCUACUGAUCAACGGCAAACGCGUCUACAUCCAAGGCGUCAACAUGCAUCACGACCUAGGCCCCAUAGGAGCCGCAUUCAACACGCGCGCCGCCGAACGACAACUACAGAUCCUGCAAGACAUGGGCGUCAACGCAAUCCGCACGGCGCACAACCCGCCCGCUCCCGAGCUCCUCGAUCUCACCGACCGCAUGGGCAUGCUCGUACUCGACGAGAUCUUCGACUGCUGGGAAGUCGCAAAGACACCGUCGGACUACCACUUGAUCUUCCCAGACUGGCACGAGCCCGAUCUGCGCUCCUUCAUUCGGCGCGAUCGCAAUCACCCGUCGGUGUUUAUGUGGUCCUUCGGAAAUGAAGUCCCGGAACAGAGCGUCGCGCUCGACGCUCGCGCCGCGGUGAUAGCGACUGCUCUGGGCGAUAUCGUCAAGCAAGAAGAUCCCACGCGCCUCUCGACGUGCUCGAUGAAUCUGUCCAAGCCUAACCAAUCCCUGCCCAAUGCACUCGACGUCAUCGCACUAAACUACCAGGGCGAAGGGAUCCGCUAUGGGCCAGGCUACGAGCACUUAACAGGCAACCGCAGUCCGCCGCAAUACGACGCCUUCCAUGCGAAGUUCCCCGAAAAGGCAAUUUUUGGCAGUGAAAUUGCCUGGUCACUGAGCACACGAGGCACCUUUUUCUUUCCCGUAACCAACCUGACGAGUGCGCCCGCGAACGACACAAGUCUGGUCGCAGACGGAGGCGGGAAUUCGACGCUGAAGGAAGUCAGUGCGUACGAGCUGUACACGUCGCAAGCAGGCUCGUCGCCCGAGAAAGUCUUUGCCGCGCAGGACACGCACCCCUUCGUCGCAGGUGGGUUCGUAUGGGUUGGCUUCGAUCAUCUCGGGGAGCCGUAUCCCUACGAAGGCACGCGAAGCACGAUAUCAGGGGUCCUAGACCUGUCCGGGUUCAAAAAAGAGCGGUUCUGGCUGUAUCAGGCACGGUGGAGAUCAGAGACAAGAAUGGCGAAGAUCGUGCCGCACUGGACUUGGGCUGGGCGAGAGGGGUUGAUCACGCCUGUUCAUGUGUUCACGUCAGCAGACGAGGGCGAGAUAUUCGUCAACAAUGUAUCACAGGGACGAUUGACGAAGGAUGCGGAUGCCUAUCGGUUUAGGUGGGAUCAGGUAAUAUAUGAGCCAGGAGAGCUCAGAGUUGUGACGUGGAAGAAUGGGACAUUCUGGGCAGAGGACAGAGUGAGGACUGCUGGGCAGGCUUCGAAGCUAGUGCUUACUGCCGAUCGGAGUGUCGUUGCUGCGGAUGGAGAAGAUCUCUCAUUCGUGACGGCGGAGGUGCUUGAUGCAGAUGGGAAUUUUGUGCCUGACGCGAAUGCACAUAUCACGUUCUCCGUAAAUGGCACAGGUGAGAUUAUUGCGACAGACAACGGAUUUGCAGGCGACUACGUGAGUUUCCAGUCCACUAUGCGAGCUGCAUUCAACGGUAUGGCACUGGUUGUAGUGCGAUCUAUUCCGGACAUGAGUGGAUUGGAGGCUGCGGUCGUGGAGAUUGGAACUCGCUCAUUUAUUUCCACGCACGCUAUGUAGAUUGCACGCGUGGUGUCUUGCUACUUUCAUGAGCUUAGUCCUCACCAGGACAUAUGAUUGAAUGAUUUACCUCCUAAAAUGGACCAUGCCGGC